AUGAGUCUGGUGGAGGACACGCUGCGGCAGGCGGGGAAGGAGGCGCUGCGGGAGAGGCUGUUGGAGCACCUCGGGACGUGUCUGGCCACGCUGACACCACGCGCCACCGCCGACACUGAAACCAACACCAGCACUCCCACCACUUCCGCUGCUACCGCUGACACCCCUACUGCCACUGAUGGCACCACCAACACCACCACCGCUGUUGGCUCCUCCACCUCCGACACCACACAUGCACCCCGCACUGCCACCGUUAAAACCGAGGACACCGCCAUCAACACUGGGGAUAGUGUCACCACCACCGCCACCACCACCACCACCGCCACCUCUACCACCAGGAGCGGGAACAGCACCAUCAGCAAUACAACCGAUGCCAGGGAGUGCCAGGAGAGUGGCGUCAAAAGUGAGAGCGCUACUACGACGGCCAACCCCCCCUGCCUCACCCUCACACCCACGAGGCUGCCCACGGGGGUGCUGGCAUUCGUGGUCCACGGCCCCCUCGAUCCCGCCCUCCUCAUGCCGCCCUCACCGCCCUCCCAGCCCCCCUCACCCUCCCCAACGCCCUCACCUCCACCCACGCAUCCCUCCGUCACACUAGUCUCCUCCUCCACCCAGUGUCAGUCUCCGCCGCCCACCAACACCCAUGAACCGCGCUCUGCCCACCACCACCAACGCCACCACGCGCCCGCCACCCACACCUCCCUCACCAUAAUGCCCUACCUCACACCAGCCCACCACCACACCCACGCUCCGCCCACGCCCCCGCCCAGCGUCUCCCCCUACCACCACCACCACAUGGAGGAGGAGGAGAUGGAGCUGGAGGUAGGGGUAGAGGGCGAAGAGGUUCAAGAUGAGACUGAACCCUUUGAUCUGAGCUUGGGGAGGAUGUGGCGUCCCUGGUAA